AUGAUCACGUCUUUCCUUCUUCGCUGCCAUGAUACCAUCUGGUCCUUUCUGCAUGUCAACAUCCUCAACAUCCCACCCUCUCGCCUGCCCAUAUUCCCCUCCUUAGCAGGCUCAGUCUGGUGCCUGACCCUUGCCAGCUUGCUGCUCACAUGGCUGGCUCGAGGCAUGCCGCAGUACCCAGGCCAAAGCAACCCACACGUCGCCUUCAUCUCGGACAUCGCCUCCUUUGAACUCAAGCCCCUCUUCCUGAUCGGUGCCUCCAUGACCGCCGUCGGGUUCUGGUUCACCGUAGCUGCUGUUCACGUCAUGCGCUACGAGCCUGGCUUCGCAUUGAUCCGCGGCCCGGACCACUUCUCCGCUCGUAGUUUGGGUCCGCAGCACGCAUCAUCUCCGGGCAGAGAUCAAUUACCGGCCUCAGUGACGCCAUACAACGGCCCUAUCCAUGACAGCAAUCAUACUCUAGAUGAGGCUGACGACGACGACGAGUCACCCGCGACCAUCGCCACCCUCAAACUCAUCUCCCUCCUCGCCAUCUUCUCCGCCGGCAUGGCCAGCACCGCCCUCAUCUUCCUCGGCGUCAUGGAUACCUUCCGGUACCACUUCGCGCACGCGAUCCUCCUCCGCGUCUGCUUCGGGAGCUUGGCCCUGCAGUCCUUCGGGACGGCGGUCGUGUACUCGACCGAGGUGCUGGGGUUUGUGGCGUUCCUGACGCAUGGCGGUGUGUGGCAGCCCCGAUGGGGGGAGGGGCGCAAGGUCCGGGUACGCGUUUUUGCCUCCCUAUCCACCGCCCUGAUUCUGGUAGAGCUCUUCCUCGGGAUCGCCUUCAUCUCACUCACCGUCCCCGAGAACGUCAGCGAUUAUCGGGCCGCCGGGAUUCUGGAGUGGGUGAUUGCGUUCCUGGGAACGGUGUAUCUGUGGCUGUUUGUCGGGUUCUUUGAUCGAGAGAGCUUUGAAGGCUUCGUCCCCAGUGUGCUGUAUGCGACGGCCGCGAAGGGACGGCCGUCGACGCCGGGGGAUCGUGCGCCCAAUGACCCGGAUGCCGAGCAGGCCCCGUUGCUGUCGCAGGGGUCCGCCACGAGCCGGUAUAUGUAG